GCGGAGGGCGGGGAAAUGCAGCCCCCGGGCCCUCAGCAGCCGCCGCAGCCGCCGCCGCUCUUCGCGCCCAACAACGGGGACUUCACUUUCGUCUCCUCGGCCGACGCCGAAGAUCCUAGUGGGUCCAUAACAGCUCCAGAUGUUAAGCUAAAUCUUGGAGGAGAAUUCAUCAAAGAAUCGUCUGCAACUACAUUCCUGAGGCAGAGGGGGUAUGGCUGGCUUCUGGAGGUGGAAGACGAUGACCCAGAAGAUAACAAGCCACUCCUGGAAGAACUCGACAUUGAUCUGAAGGAUAUUUACUACAAAAUCCGAUGUGUGUUGAUGCCUAUGCCGUCUCUUGGGUUUAAUAGGCAGGUAGUGAGAGACAAUCCAGACUUCUGGGGUCCUCUGGCAGUUGUCCUCUUCUUCUCAAUGAUUUCAUUAUAUGGACAAUUUAAGGUUGUUUCUUGGAUUAUAACUAUCUGGAUAUUUGGAUCCUUGACAAUUUUUUUACUGGCCAGGGUUCUUGGAGGAGAAGUUGCUUAUGGCCAAGUUCUUGGUGUGAUAGGAUAUUCCUUGCUUCCCCUCAUUGUCAUAGCUCCUGUACUUUUGGUGGUUGGAUCAUUUGAAGUGGUUUCUACCUUAAUAAAACUGUUUGGAGUCUUUUGGGCUGCAUACAGCGCUGCAUCUUUACUAGUCGGAGAAGAAUUCAAGACCAAGAAGCCCCUUCUAAUUUAUCCCAUCUUUUUAUUAUACAUUUAUUUCCUGUCCUUAUACACUGGGGUGUGAUCUAGUGAAAGAUGUGGCCAAAAUCCAUGUUUUCUUCACUUGCAGACUGAUAAUGUGUAAGAUUAAGGAGGCUGGAAAUAAUACAAGUGACUGUUUUGUAUCCAGUUGUCAAGAUGUUUUAAGAUUGAAGAGCAUAUUUGUGUAUAUUAUUUAAUGAAGUAAUUGUAGCUAUAUAGAUUUGUAUCAAAGUUCUAGGUUUGUUUAAGACUCUUCAGAUUUUAAUGAACAAAAUAAAAGACCUUGUGUUUUAUAAAAAAAAGUGUAGCAAAACCACAACUCUAUACCUGUGCCAAAAGCACUAGGACCAGAUUACUAUAUUAGAGGAGAAAAAUAAGUUAAUUGUAACAAUCUCAAAGUGCAAUUUUUUUCUUUUGAGCUUAAACAGCUGGCUUUUUUUGGCACAGCAAAUUCUGUAGAUAAUAUAUAUAUUUAUUAAACAGUCCUUAUUGUUCACAGAAUAGCCUGUAUAAUGAAGACAUGAAGAUACUACUUAUAAUUUAGUGCCUCAAUUACUUUCAUUUGGCUCUUGAGUUUUUAUAAAUUCCAAUUUGUUUCCAAAAUAUGUAUAUAUUGUGUAUUUUGUAUCUAUGACUUGCGUGUAGCAUACGUACUCCUUGGUUAAGGAUGUGUAUUGGGUUUUCAAAAUUUGAAAAUACAAGUAUUUAAGGUCUUCAUUUACCAUCUCUGACCAAAGGAGCAAGACACUUACUGUGUAACAGAAAACAUUAAAUUGCUUCUUUAGAGACUCAAGUUAAUUUACUCCAGUUUUAAAUUUAGAAAGAAAUAGGUGAACACCUGCCUCAACUGUAGGGCUGGUUUAGUGUCAGAGGGGGAAAAAAAAUCCAAUUUGCGUGCUCUUGAAACAGUGUUUUAUGAUGACAAAAUAAAAAGAAUGCUUCCCCAAGUAUAUUUUAUAACAUCUUGCUCUAUUUUUUUUUUUUUUUAAUAGUAAUGACAUUUAACCUGCAUUUUCCUUUUUUCCCAAGGUUGAUUCCUUACAAAAAGUAACAAUAUUUGUAAGGUCAGAUUCUCUCCCCCACACCCCCACUAGAAGAGCUAGAACUACAGCCUCAGUAACAGUCUUGCUAAUUUUGACUAUCCAAGGAUUAUGUAAGAAGGUGAUGACAUUAAAUAUUUCCUGUGUACUGUGUUGAUUGCUUAUGUAAUAGUCCUAACGGUAACGUUUCUUCUCAAGAAAACUCCACUGAAAUUCACUUUGCAUGGUACUUUGUUGUUUGCAACCUUCAGUAUUUAGCAUUACCAAAUAGAUCUCAAGUAUCUUUUAUUAUUUUAAUCUUUGGCUGGGGGAAGCAUUUCCCUAGCCUUUUUUUUUUUUUUUCCUCCAUCCCAACGCGGGAAAUAAAAGUCACCCAUGGAAGGGAAUAGCAAGGGCUAUCUUUGAUCCGUAAUGGAUGUAUUUCCUUGUGAGAAGUUUCUCAGCUUUUUCAAUGGCACAACUUGCCAGUUUAGCAACUUAUUUUUACCGCUCGUUGUUGAUGCAAAAUACAAAUGUAAAUUCCAGUUCUACUGUGGCCCUUUAGCUUACUUGGACUGCUUCUCUGGCUGAUGCUUGUGUUGGUUGGAAACAAAACUACUGAAAGUUGAUAUUGGACAUAAAACUGUAACAUAAUAUUCUGUCUUGUAAUACAUUAAAGGACAAAACCUGGUGGAGUGACUGACUUUUCACCUAAUUUUUGACUUCUGCGGAAGUUUUGGUGGAAUUGCUGUAGUCGUAUGUAUAUGCUGGCAGCUUAGUUCUUAUCUGGAAUAUUUUAAGAAUACUCAAUCCCCACUUAAAAAAAAAAAGUUAGUGAUGCACACUAGCUUUAUUUUGAAAAGUAAUCUGGUCUUACCUCUUUCAUGGCUGUGUUUCUUAAUCAGGAGUAUCAGGCUGUAAGACUCCAGACAAACACUGAGAGUUCACAUUUAAUGCCACCGCAAACAUGAGAGGUAAGGAUGCACGUAGUUUACUGUGCUGUCAGAGGGUUUAGGCUCACCUUCUCUUUGCAUAGCUGUUCUGUUGGUGUUCAUAACAGACCUGUGCAUCUGAAAUGACUAUAAACAUUGAGGAUGCAAUAACGUUCUAUUUUGUCUUGAAAUAUCUUCAUUUCCUCUGUAUUAGCGUUCUGUGAAACUGAUAGCUGCAACUGAAAUGUUCCUUUUGACAGAUUGGGCACAUGUAAUAUGCAAUGUCAAUAUGCACAACAGUACAUAUUUUGUACGCAAUUGCAGAUUUGCACCUGUUACUCCGCAUCUUUAGAGUCACCUUUUGCAUAUGCUGUGCAAAAAUAUGUACAGACAGCUCAAACGGUUCUCAUAGUUUGUAAUAACUUUGCAUUCAAUAAACUUAUUUUUAGAUAA